CCUCUGAUGAUGACGUCAGCGUGAUGACUUAUAGAAGAGUUGCAGUGACUCCGACUCACACUGUUAAACAUCCUCAUCACAUGUUUAUAUAUGAGGGUGAAGAUGAACUCGACUUGUGUGUCUUAUUUCAUAUUGGCAGCUUACUUUGACACUGAUCUACUGUGGUCACACUUAUGUUUGUGUUGGAUUGUUAAAUUUAACCACCAUGUCCUACGACCGUUACCUCGCCAUCUGUCACCCUCUGCAGUACAACACAAAUAUGACAUCUAAAAAGGUUGCUGUGCUCAUUGCUCUGUCAUGGUUGUUUCCUCUCCUUGAGAUUGUCAAUCUGAUAUCACUGACGUUGUCUCUACAGCUGUGUGGAAAUGUCAUCCACAAAGUUUACUGUGAUAACUUUUCUGUGGUCAAACUUUCAUGCUCUGACACCAGUGUCAACAACAUAUACGGCCUGGUGUUCAUGGUGAUCGCCAUCAUCAUCCCGUUCAUCCUUAUUCUGAUAACAUACGUGAGGAUUUUAAAAGUCUGUUUCUCUGGUUGUAAACAGACAAGACAGAAAGCAAUCAGUACCUGCACACCUCAAGUGGCCUCGCUGCUCAACUUCUUCAUUGGGGUUUGUUUUGAAGUUCUGCAGAGCAGGUUUGAUAUGAGCGGCACGCCUAAUAUUCUGAGAAUAUUUUUAUCUUUAUAUUUUCUUGCAUGUCAGCCGCUCUUCAACCCUCUGAUGUAUGGACUCAAGCUGUCAAAAAUACGCAACAUGUACUUCCGUCCCACCUCAUGACCCACUUCAGUGUAACAUCUGGCUUCCUGCUGCUGCUGCUGACACGUCCAUAAAACUCUUAUUUU